AUCUUUUAUGGAUUACGAGUAGCAGUUUUGAUUGAACGAAAAUUGUCUGGACACAAGUACUUUACGGGUAUCAAGUACACCGCCAAACCUUUCAUCCCGAACCGCACGCCUGGCGUGAAUCACUGCCACGAGGCAGCGCUGCGCACCCGGACUGCUGCGCAGUCGCGAGCCCAGGUGGCCGUGGCGCGCCAUGCGGUGGCACUGGGCGAGGCUACCGCUCCUGCUGCUCGCCGCGUGGGCGACGUGCGCCACGCCCGAUCAGAUUCGGCUGAGGGCCUCGCCAACGCCACGCUCGCCCCGGCCACGCCCCUCGCCGACGCGCUCUACUCCGACGCGGACGCGCCGCCCGUGGUGCGGUGCCUCAAAGAGGAGCGAGCGGUGAGCGAGACGGCGAGCGUGGUGCUGCGCACGUGCGUGCUGGUGGCGGAGGACACGCCCGAGUUCGGCUGCUCGCCGCACCCGGCCGCGCUGCACUGCUCGCUGUGCGCCGAGGACGAGUGCAACGCCGCCGCGCCGCUCGCGCUGCUGCCACCGCCGCUGCUGGUGGUG